AUGGCGGGCGGCUGGCAGCCUGGGCCGAAGACCAUACUGACACUUGUGGCCUGGCCCGCGGCCGAGCGGCCGGAGCCCUCCCUGGCGGAGAAGCCGCUGGAGUUCCUCCUCGAGGACGCCGCCCGCCCCUCGAGCAGCGGCGAGCACUCCACCGACCCGGGCGCGUGGAAGCCGCUGGUCUGGGACGAGUCGAGGCGCUGCUUCGCGUUCCACUUGCAAGGCGCCUUCGAGCCCUCGCUGCGCGCCCACUUCUUCGGCCGCAUCCGGGACACGGCCCCCUGGCAGUCGCUGCAGGACGACAAGACACGGACGAAGAUAUCUCGGCAUACUGCGUGGUACACUCGCAGCAGCUCCUGCAAUUGCGCCUACACGUACGGCGAGGACACUCGCGUGGAGGCUCCCGCGCAGAAGGACACGGAGUUCAGGAAGGUCAUGGAGAGCCUCACAGCGUGCGUAUUUAGCAAGUUCCCCGGCAUGCCGGAGGAGGCCUGGCCCAAUUGCGCCAACGUGAACUAUUAUAGCGACGGUGACCAGGGCGUGGGCUGGCACGCGGAUGACGAGCUCAUCUUCAUGGGUACGGCUAGGGAUUGCCCGAUCCUGUCGCUCAGCCUUGGAGGAAUGCGCGAGUUUUGGAUCGCGCUCAAGUCGGACUGCGGCGUUGACGUGGAGAGUACCGCUCCCGACGUGCGGAAGGGGAUCGCGGAGUGCGACGUGAGGGACGGGGAUUUCGUGACGAUGGAGGGGUUCAUGCAGAAGCACACCAUGCACUGCGUCCCCAGGGCGUGCCCCUCCGACGCCCGCAGGAACGAUCCGAGGAUCAACGUCACGUUCCGCUGGAUGCGGGUGCACAAGCAGGAGUGCCCCUACGCGAAGGUUGCGCAGACCUGGCUCAUGCUCGCCGGGUCUUCUUCAGCCGAAGCCGAGAGCGCGCUGACCGAAGGCAACGACAAAGACGAUGACAAGAAGCAUACCCGGGGAAUGAUCAAGAUCCUCGACCCUGUUACGCAGAAGCCGAUUGAGAAUACUGGACUGCGGGUGUCCAAGAAGGAGCGGGUGGCGAUCAUGAGCCCGCUGCCGCAGUCGGCCAGGGCGCUCUUCGGGGAGGGCGAGCGCAAGCUCUCCGGCGGCGCGCUGCCGCACGCGUGCCCCUCCGAGGCCUUCCUGCUGGACUGGAAUGCCGGCGGUGCCGCCAGUGGCCAGGCUGGAACCGAGGCCGCAGGCAAAGCUGGAGCAGCAUCGGUGAAGUGGCAGCCGUGCGACUUCUGUGGUCACGUCUGCUGGGGCGGCGGCAGGCCCUGCAAGAGCGGAGGGCGCGGGAACAGCUGGUACUGCCGCUGCUGCUGGACGCGGUGGGCCGAGGACGAAGCGGCAGCUGCUGUUUACCAAGAGGCGUCUGCACCGCCGGAGUAUCCGGGGCAGUACCCUCACGGCGCAGAUCCGGGGCAGUACCCGGGGCAGUUCUGCGGCGCCUGGAUGCCGCCUCCGUACGGCUGCUCGCCCCUGGCGCCGUUCGUCGACCAGGCCGCCCUGCUCACGGACCCGCGCUACGCGGCGCUGUACACCGCCUCGGCAGGUUUCCCGUGCCAGACUCCAGCGACCUUAUUUGCAAGUCCGUGGAUGCAUCAAACGUGA